GAACUUUUCGUUCACUUACAGCACUUCUGCAAACUUCUCAAUCCGGAGUUUGUUCGCCAGCCUUUGGAGGCGCGUGGACCUCGGGGUUGCAGGGGCAAGGGGUGCGUCCAAGGUCACAGAGACUGGGACUCAUCCAGCCAGCGCUGGGCGGGCUUGCGGGAGGCGGCGGAGGGCGGGGACUGGAAUCCGCCAGACCUGUGGAUCCCCCUGCCGCGUCUGAGUCAGGGCAGCGCGAAGGCCACAUGGAGCUCCCAGAGGAGCCUGCUCCCGAGCCGGGAGGUGCGGACACCGUGUCCGAGCGCCGUGGGCUGAGCGUGCUGCUGUCCGGCUUCCAAAAGGAACUGCGGGCGCUCCUGGUCCUGGCGGGUCCUGCGUUCUUGGCCCAGUUGAUGAUGUUCCUGAUCAGCUUCAUAAGCUCCGUAUUCUGUGGUCACCUGGGCAAGCUAGAGCUGGACGCGGUCACACUGGCAAUCGCGAUUAUCAACAUCACCGGCAUUUCAGUGGGACAUGGCUUAUCUUCUGCGUGUGACACCCUCAUCUCCCAGACAUUUGGGAGCCAGAACUUGAAGCACGUGGGGGUCAUCCUGCAGAGGGGGACACUCAUCCUGCUCCUCUGUUGCUUCCCCUGCUGGGCACUCUUCAUCAACACGGAGCACAUCCUGCUGCUCUUCAGACAGGACCCAGAUGUGUCCAGGCUCACCCAGACCUAUGUCAUGAUCUUCAUCCCAGCGCUUCCUGCAGCCUUUCUCUAUACGUUACAAGUUAAAUACUUGCUCAACCAGGGCAUUGUUCUGCCACAGAUAGUGACCGGAUUCGCAGCCAACCUUAUCAACGCCCUGGCCAACUAUCUAUUCCUCCAUCAGCUGCAUCUUGGGGUGAUGGGUUCAGCGAUAGCCAACACCAUCUCCCAAUUUGCCCUGGCCAUCCUCCUGUUCCUCUACAUCCUCUGGAGAAAACUGCAUCAAGACACAUGGGGAGGGUGGUCCUGGGAGUGUCUGCACGACUGGGCCUCCUUCCUGCAACUGGCCGUCCCUAGCAUGCUCAUGCUGUGCAUUGAGUGGUGGGCCUAUGAGAUAGGCAGCUUCCUGAGCGGUAUCCUCGGCAUGGUGGAGCUGGGAGCCCAGUCCAUCACCUAUGAAUUGGCUCUCAUUGUGUACAUGAUUCCUGCAGGCUUCAGUGUGGCGGCCAACGUCCGGGUGGGAAAUGCGUUGGGUGCUGGAAACAUUGAACAGGCCAAGAAGUCCUCAGCUGUUUCCUUGAUAGUCACAGAGCUCUUUGCUGUGACCUUCUGUGUCCUGAUGAUAAGCUGUAAGGAUCUUGUGGGCUACAUUUUCACUACCGACCGAGACAUCGUGGCCUUGGUGGCGCAAGUGGUCCCCAUUUAUGCUGUGUCCCACCUCUUUGAAAGUCUUGCUUGUACCUGUGGUGGUGUGCUGAGGGGCACGGGAAACCAGAAGGUUGGAGCCAUCGUUAACGCCAUCGGGUAUUACGUGAUUGGCCUCCCCAUCGGGAUUGCACUGAUGUUCGCAGCCAAGCUGGGCGUGAUAGGUCUGUGGUCAGGGAUCAUCAUCUGCACUGUCUGUCAGGUUGUAUGUUUCCUGGCUUUUAUUGCUCGGCUCAAUUGGAAACUCGCCUGUCAACAGGCUCAAGUACAUGCCAAUCUGAAGGUAAAUGUGGCCAUGAAUGGGAAUUCUGCUGUCUCUCAGGAGCUGGCUCACCCAGUUGGUCCGGAAAGCCGUGGAGAAAUUAUGAUGACGGAUCUCGAAAAGAAAGAUGAGACUCAGCUGGACCAGCAGAUGAACCAGCAACAAGUUUUGCCUGUCCACCCGAAGGCCAGCAAUGAACUGUCUGGGAAACAACUGGUCCUAAGGCGAGGGCUCCUGCUCCUCGGAGUCGUUGCAGUCUUGGUGGGGGGGAUUUUAGUGAGAGUGUAUGUCAGAGUUGAGUGACGUGGAAGAACAAGAGAUCAAGCCACAUAGUUGCUCCCCGGUUUAUGAGAUUAACACCUGACUGGUCUAUCACACACUGAAAAUAUGACAUCAGGAUGGGGGAAUUGCUGUGACCAACAAACACAUGCUUAGUGUGUUCAGGGCCCUCUAACAAGUAAGCUUUCUCUCUCUCUUUUUCUCUAAUACACACAGA